AUGACUGAUUAUGAUAUGGAAAUUCCUGAACUCAAUGCUGAUAUUGGUUUGCAUCUGGUAAAUUUUCUUAAUGGAACUGACGCUUCUAAUUUUCAGAAAGUGGUAAAUAAUUGCAGUCAAUUUGUGUCUAUUGGUACAGCAUCGGAUCGCUUGUUUGUGAAAAUAAUGAAGAAGUUUGAUGGUCGGGCAAGAAUUUUAUUGCCUGCAGAAAUUUAUGGAAAUUAUUUACAAGCUUGUGAAAUCCUGGAUGAUAAAUUGGUUCCAUUUGAAAAUCACAACCCUUCUGUUAUUCAACCUGCCCAACGUCUGUUUGUUCAUUCAUGCUUCAGCACUAAAGGCUUGGGCGCAUUGUGCAAAGCGUAUCGAACACCACUUUUCCAAUGUUACUCUCGAAUUUUGCCUUUCAACACUGAUCUAUACUUUGCCGAUUUCCGAUUGAUUGACUAUCAGUUGUACAAUGAAACAAUAAGUUCUGAAUGA